AUGUCAAGAAAACGACCUUAUGAUCAGUUCCGUCCGAAUUACCAGGAAGAUAUGUUGUUCCCGCCGCCCAGCAAGAAAUCUCGCAAUGGACCGGCGUCUUUGCCUCAAGCAUCGCAGAAUGAUCGGGUCCUGCAAGCUUCAUCAUCUUCAGUAAGAUCAGCUGAACCCAUUUCACCCCACGAUCACUUUCCUCGUGGGCAUUCACCUUGGACUGCCAAAAUUGGUGACAAUCCUUUCGAAGCUCAGCUGGCACAACCUGUCUUCAGAAGACUGGCCCCACAGACCUCGCUUUUGCCGCACUGGGAAUAUCAGACAGCUCCCUCGACCAGCGAAGUCAAUCACGGAUUAGAAGGAAACAGAUUAUUCCCUCAAAGGGUCGAUUCUGCUCCAAGCAAGCGAGUACGAUUAUCAUUACCUCCCCCAGUUGCUCUUUCCAGCACCACAGCUACGACCUCUGCAGGUGAUCCCCACACCCAGUACCGCACGCGUUCGAAAUCAAUCCCAGUCGACAUCGACCGAAUUCCUCCGACGCCAACAAUCGAUCCGUACCACACUCACAGCUCAUUCGUAAUUUCGCCUUCUAGAAGGGAUCGAAGUGCAAGUCAAUCUACCUUUCAUCCCUUCUAUAUGUCGGCAAGCUCUUCUGCUCUGACUGCUCCGGUGUCGCUCAAAUCUACGACUAGGGGUGAUCAUCUACUUGCUCAAGUCCACCAAAAGGUCGAUAAGCUCUCUAGGAAAGCUACUCGGACUAAGGAAGACUUGGAAGUGGCACAAACAGAACUAAAAGCCCUCGAGGAUGCAGGAGAAGUUGUGGGACUACGAAAUCAACUGCAAGAUGCGAACAAGCGAAUACAUCUGCUGAAGAGCGAGACCACAGGUAGAACUGCAGAAUUGACGAGGUAUUGGUCAUCGAAAGUACGAACUAUGGAAAAGGAGCAUGAGGUGGAGAUGAAGGAGAAGGACGACAAGAUUAGGUACCCAGAGGCGAAAGUCCAAAGAUGGAAGAAAGAGGUCGAGACUCUCAGUAAUGCAAAAAAGAAUGAUAAAGUCGACACUUCUUCUGCUUCUAGGACAUCGACGAGCGAUUUUUUUCGAAAUCACACCUACAAUCAACCUUCGAUGAGAAGUUCCUGCCGCUCUCGGGAACCUUUCUCAGACAAGUCUUCAUCGAUGAAGAAUGGAACAUAUCCAAUACUAGGUGUAGCAUUGCAUGGUCCAUACAGGUCUGCCAGUAGGAGUAGAAACAAUGAAGGAUCCUCAAGAUGGAACCUCGACCUUACACAACGUUCCGAUAAUCAAGUACACCUGACGAGUACAGCUGAUUCGACAAAGUCAAACCCAUAUCGCAAGCAAGCUGAAAGCGAUUGGCUCCGAAAGAACCGACUUUUCAAAUCGUAUACAAUCUGUCCUGCCUUUGAAGCUAGCCAGAGGGAUCCCGGAGAAAUCUAUCCUUUCGGCAUAUACGACCAGCUCCCUGAUACUUGCGAAUUAGAUAUGGAACGUGAUGCGGGGCCAGAAGAAGGAGAUGAAGUUCUGAUGAAUGGUAUAAAGAUGAGACACCUAGUGGAAUCUGAAGCUCAGAAGAAGCCUCAUGGACUUGACCAUAUCAACCGAGACAAUGAGGUUCAUGUCAGAAACGGAGAUGAUUUUCAAAACGCUAUAGAAGAAGACGCUCUGGGAAUCGAAGAGUGGGAUGGAUUCGGCGAGCAGGACUGGGAUGGGUUUGGGGUGCAAGAUCUAGAAGGAUUCGGAGUAGCUGAUGAUGAUGGGUUUGGGGUCGCAGACGAUGAUGGAUUUGGAGAGGUCGAUCUGGAAGGGUAUGGAUGUGAGGAAUAUGAAGGAUUCGGGGUGGAAGAAGAUGAUGGGUUUCUCAUUGAAGAAGACGACGGGCUGUUUGUGUGUUAG